AUGAAUAUUAUUAUUUUGAGUUUUUUAAUUAUAUUUUUGUCAAAAAAUGAUGCAGCAUUUGAAGGAAUUUCUCGUCAGAAUUUUAUGAAUGAAUUUAAUAAAUUAGGGGAAACUUUAGAUUUAUAUAUUAAUCGAAAGGUGGAUAAUGACAGUAAAAUGAUAAUUACUAAUGAUAGAAUUGAAAAAUGUCAAAAAAUAAUUUCGACAUUUAAAAAAGAAGGGGAAGAAUAUUUAGUAAGGGAUAUUGAAAGAUCUGUUAUAUUAAUACAAGGUAUUCUCUUUUGUGCAAGAUAUUUGCAUGGUGCUUUGUGGAAAUAUUUUACAGAAGGAAAGAAAGUAAAGGCUGACGUAGAUAAUGAUUAUAAAUUUUUGCGCUCAAAAUUGGAGGAAGUAGGAUUAGAUGAUUUGAAGAAGCAAAUAAUAGAUAAUGAAUUAAAAUUGAAAAAUUUAAAUGAAAAUGAAUUAGAAAAAAUUAUUGGAAAUGAAAUGGCUAAAGGAAAUAUUCAAUUAAUUAAUGACAAAUUAAUUUAUUGUCAAAUUAACCAGAAUGAUUUAAAAAUGGUUAAAUUUGGAGAAGCGCUUCAACUUGUUGGGGAAGUAAUUAAUUUUUAUUUUGAGAAAGAACGUUUCUUUCCAACAAAAAAUGAUAUUCCUUUUUUUGAUGAAAUUAAUGAAUUGAAUGAAAAAUUGAAUAAGGAAAUGAAUGAAAUUGAACAAAAAAUAAAUGAAGAAAAAUUGGGUGAGUUUGUUUAUUUUAAAUAUUUUUGUUGUCUGCCAAAAUUUUGUAUUUAUUUUUGA